AAAAUCCUUCCCAGCCGCACUUACUGGACUUCAAUAGAGGAAUCCGCCCGUCUUCCCCAUAGUGCGUAGCCCACAGGGUAUCUAUCUAUACAAUCGUCUCCGCUCGCUUUGACAUUAAAACACUACAAUUCCCGGCAGGCACUUGGCUCGCGCAUGCGUACAAGACCUCCCCCAGCAGUUUCUUCUAUUGGCUGGUGUGCGGCGGCCUAUGAUUGGCGGAGGCUUCCGGAACUAGGAGAGAAGCAAUACAAUGGCGUAUGGCGGGGGAGAGGUGCAAGACAUGGAAGUGGAUAAACGUAGAGAGUCUGAUGAAUCUGCAGAUGAUGACCUAAAGGAGAAGCACGCUGUUCAAGAUGCUGAAGUGCAGAAUGACGAAGAAGGAGCAGGUGACUCGGAGGCACCAGUAACCAUUGAUACUAUCAACCUGGACCCUGAAGCUGAGGAGGUUGACUUAAACCACAUGCGAAUAGGAAAUAUUCAGGGAUUUGAGGUGCUCAAAAAAGUAAAGACCCUGUGCCUGCGACAGAACCUAAUAAAGGUGAUUGAGACCUUGGAACAGUUGGUGACAUUGAAUGAAUUGGACCUAUAUGACAAUCAAAUCCGUGUUAUACAGAACCUGGAGAACCUGAGUCAACUCCAAAUUCUGGACCUAUCGUUUAAUCUUCUAAAGCGCAUUGAAGGUCUAGAGUCAUUGACUCAGUUGCAGCGCCUCUAUUUGGUAAAUAACAAGAUUAGCCGAAUUGAGACUCUCGGCAGUUUAACAAAGCUCCGUUUGCUAGAACUGGGUUCAAACCGUAUCCGGGAGAUUGAGAAUCUGGAUACAUUAAGUGAUCUGGACAGCCUUUUUCUUGGUAAAAACAAAAUCACCAAAUUGCAGAACAUGGAAGCUCUAAGUAACCUCACUGUACUGAGCGUACAGAGUAAUCGCCUUACAAAGAUUGAAGGUUUGCAGAGUCUUGUGAAUCUGCGUGAGCUCUACCUAAGUGACAACGGCAUCCAAGUUUUAGAGGGUCUGGAGAACAAUACCAAGCUCACUACAUUGGAUGUUGCUUCUAAUAGAAUAAAGAGAAUUGAAAAUAUCAGGCAUUUGACAGAACUCCAAGAAUUCUGGAUGAAUGACAACUUGGUGGAUAAUUGGGCAGACUUAGAAGAAUUGAGCGGUGCCCAAGGUUUGCAGACUGUGUAUCUAGAAAGGAACCCUCUGCAGAAAGAUAACCAAUACAGGCGCAAAAUUAUGCUGGCGCUGCCAUGUGUCCGCCAGAUUGAUGCAACUUUUGUGCGAUUCUGAGUUGAUUUGAGGGCAUUAAGCCGCCUCGCUCCUAUUGUAGCAGCACAGUGCAAAUGCAUUCUGUCAUACAACAUUCGUCUUUUGUGUGAUAUGCCAUUGUAUUGCCAUCUAAUCACUCCAUCGCACUCUUAAUUUUCUUGUGCACUGCAUGAUUCUCUUGCAUCAAAGUUUAUGUUCUUUGCUCAUUCUGUUACCUUCCAAAACAAUACUACUGCUUGUCACUGAACUGUCUUCCUCAAAGACCAACAUUUACAGAAUGAGUUGAAAUCGCCUCUUUUAUGAUGGUGUCACAUUACAGUAUUUAUUUCUGGACAGUAGUUUAAUGGUUAAUAAAGUUUUUAUCCUCAGCA